GUGUAGAGACUAGAGAGACGCUGACGCUCUAUGAAGGUCCGAAUAAUGGCGCUCAAUCUCUCAUCGGUUUCUCUGAAAUCUUCGCGAGCGCUCGCUCCUCUCACCAAUCUCUCCACUUUCUCUAAUCGACCGAACAAUGAUGGCAGAAGCAUCAAUAGCUGUCUUCAAUCAAUCAGCACAAGCACGAGCUUUAGGAGCAUCAGUAGCUCCAGAGGAUACAGACCCAUCUCGGUCCGAGCCAUGUCUUCCUCGUCGUUUGGGUCACGGCUUGAAGAUAGUGUGAAGAAGACAAUUGCCGACAACCCAGUCGUUGUUUACUCCAAAACUUGGUGCUCGUAUUCUUCUGAGGUGAAGUCGUUGUUCAAAAAACUUGGUGUCGAAGCACUGGUUGUAGAAUUGGACGAACUGGGUCCCCAGGGGCCCCAGUUACAGAAGAUACUUGAGAGGCUUACCGGUCAACAUACUGUUCCAAAUGUUUUUAUUGGGGGCAAACACAUCGGCGGUUGUACAGAUACCAUGAAGCUCCAUCAGAAAGGAGAACUUGAAUGUUUGGUUUCUGAAGCUAACCCCCAAAGUAGCUGAUCUUUUUGGAAGAGGCAGCUGGUAAGGGUCUCAUUCUCUUGCUGAUGUUGGUUUCUUGAGAACACGACAUUGAAAACGAGUGAAAUUUGAUCUUGUCGUCAUUAAUUUCCAUCUAAAUUUAUUUUCCCUCUAACAAUGUACAUUACAAUUUUGAGAAAUUAAUUUUAUUCUCACUUGUGAACCUUGUUCUGGUUUAUUUGCAAUGGGAGCUUAAAUUUUGCCCACAA